GUUAACAUGUUCAGGCUCGUUAAACGUGUAUUCCUGUCACAAAUAAUCUUGACUCUUCAACUGAGCUCGUCGUCAGAAACUACCACGGUGAAAAAAGAAGAAACUCUCUCGGAGAUCGCAAACAAAAUUUGUCUGGAGAAGACAGGAUAUCAACCGCUAGAAAACAACGCUUACUUCAGAGUGGUAGAAACUCCUGAAAACGGAAACGUGACUUUGCCCUGCAACUACUGCGGGGAAAAAGGCGAAGAUCUGCCUAUGAUAUGGACGUGGAAAACUCGUGAUUUUGGAGCUGAAGAAACCGAAGUGAAGAUGGGAUUGGAGGCUAAUCUAACUGAAAACAGAAUUUUCACUUUGCCUGAUAAUUCCCUGACCAUACAACGUGUGAACAUGAAUGACACCGGGCUAUACUACUGUCGAAGUCCAGUAGAAGAGUUUUCCCAGUUCCACUUUAGCCUAGAUGUUGUUCAAACAGAGGUGGCCAUCCAUGAGAAGAGAAGAGAGGUUGACGAUGAACGCGACUUUGGUGACUUCAAGGAGAAAAUCAUCACGCCCACGAAUGAGAAGUUGGCAAGCAAUUUGAGUUUGGCGAAGGACCUCGACAGAGUAGUGGUGAAGAUCGUCAGCGAGUGGGAUCCUUGGCUACCCUGCGAUGGCUGUUUGGGAAUUCGUAAGAGAUACGCAAAGUGUAGAAUUCGUUCUGGUGUAAACAUUGCUAAAUAUUCUAAUAAGGAAGGUGAAAUGAAUCCGAAUGAAAAACGUUUGGUAAGCUUGAAUAUUCUUUCUUGUCAUUCCUUAUAUCUAGCUAGGUGGUUUCCUGGUUUGUACUCAAUCACGAGUUCUUUACCCAAUUAUAUGAGAGUGCAAAAGUGUCAAGAUGCUUGUAUCCGACAAAACCGUAUGCUACACGAAGCCAAAUACAGACUCGACUUUCUAAUGGACGAACGAUCAUCGAUGUCAUUCAUAUGCCCGGACACUGACUUGCGAACUAAAGUAAUCUGGCGUAAAAGUGGAACAAUAAUCAAACCUGUUGGUGUGCCUGAGAAACGAGUUGAAAGAAAGUUUAAAAUAUUUCAAAAGAAAACGGAUUAUGAACUCAAACAUGCCUUUGUGGAUCGAAUGAAUGUCCUGCAGCUUUGCUACGUAGGGGACGAGGAGACAGGAGUGUAUACUUGCUAUAUUGACAACAAGCCGGUUAAAGAUUUUAACAUUACUGUUGUCACUCCGGAAGAAACCUUGAGAGAGAGAAAGUACCACUUUAUGUUGCUGACGGCUUACACAUGUACCUUGUCAGCAGCUAUAGUUAUCCUAGGAGUAACAUGGGCGAUCAUGAGACGCCAAGAGAUGUUCCAAAGCAUGGAGAACCCCGGCACAUCUCAGAGUGGAUAUUCCAGAAUGAGCGGGCCUAGUUUAGACGAACUACUACAAAGUACGGAUGAAGAAUAGUGACUUAUCUUCCAAAGUCAUAUUCGGGUUGAGUGUAUUGUGUUAGUAUCAUAGCUUAAAAGUACCAAUAAGGCUAGAACUAAUUCCAUUAGAAAAGAUCAGUUUAUUCUUUCAAUGAGAAGUGAGAUUCGCCCAAUGGGAACUGUAUAAAAUGUACAUAAAUGCGUUAAACUGUCCUAGCUUUCUUUAAAAGUCGAUUUUAAUCCAACCUUACAUAUUUUAUCGUAUUACAAGUAUAUUCAUUGUAGGUACACAGUGCCUCC